UUUUUUGAAACGUUAAAAAAUCAUACAUUUUGUUGGUGUAAAACAUAAGAAAAUCCUUGGAGAUUUAAAAAAUAAAGUGAAAAAUUAUAAAAUUUUUUUUAGUGUUACAAAAUAUUAAAUAAAAAACAAACAAAAUGAGCAAACUUUUGACUUCAGCCGAUAUUGAGGAUGGUAAAAUUGAGUAUGACCCCAAGACCGGUGCCAGCACUCAAUACCGUGUCAUCGAUGGUGGUUAUGAAAUGGUAACUACCGCUCCUCAGCCCAAUGGCGGCAUUAAGACCUCGACCAGAACUUUCUGGGAUCCCAAGCCCGUCAGCGAGGAGGAUAUGAAAAAGGAACAGGCCAACAAAAAGGUCAUACAGUCCCGUAUGAAUAAGGAGAUUCGCAUUGAUGAGAGAACUACCAUGUUGACUCGUGCCAUUGAGGGUGGUUAUGAAGAGGUUUACACUACCGUCAAUGAAGAUGGCAGCAGGAGCAUGAAGACCAAGACCUUCUUCGAUUCGGUGCCCGAAGGCACUCCCUUCCCCGGUCAAGGUCAAGCUCCAAAGCCCAAACAACCUGCUAACAAGAAGACCAUUACUCGCAAGAGCUCUGUUGAAUCCAAUGAUUCCACUGACAAUCGCAAGAUUGUCAGUACUGUUAACAAGAACCAGCAAAUGCAAAACAUUCAACAAACCUCCAAUGUGCAACAGCAAUCAACCUAUCACGAGACUCGUCGUACUUCUCAAAACAUCGAGAUCACCGAAAACAAUCGCACCGUGCGCAAGAACUCUUUGCAAACCGAGCAAAAUAUUAGACAAGUCACCUCAUCCAAUGUUACCGAUGGCAAGGACUCCAAGACCAAGAAGACUAAGAAACCCAAGUCUUCGGCUCCUCCACCACCAGCUGACUUUGUGCAAAACGAUUCUACCACUGUGGCCACCAAACGUGUACCCGGUGGUUUGGAGUACACUUACACCACCCAAUUGGAAUCGGGCAAAACUAUCACCACUUCCAAGACCGUCUACGAGGAAGAAGAAGUCGAAUUGACCGAGGAGGAAAUCAAGCAGUACAAGAAAACUUUGAAGGAUGCCGAGAAGCACAAGAAUGUUACAACCACCAAGAAAUUAAGAUCGGAAUCGGGCACCAAGAAGGUUGUACCCUCUGAAAAUCCUGGUGAUGUAACCACCGUUGAAACCAUUAAGAUUCAGGGAGGCACUGAGUUCCACUACACCACUGUUACCUCUGAGGGCAUUGUUAAGAAGGCCGUUAAGACCGUGUAUGAUCCCGUACCCUGCUCCAACCCCGAAGAUACCGAGGAAGAGGAAAUCGUUGAAGAGUACGAAGAGGAAAUCAUUGAGCCUGGCGAGAAGAACAUUAGAACUAUUGAGACCAUCAAGACUUUGCCACAGAAGUUUGAAGAGGAAGUUACCUUCACCCACGAAAAGAAGGAGAAGAAGACCAAGAGAUCCAUGGUCAUCGGUCAUUAAGCAAUUGUGUGGACCGUAUUAAAGAAGAUCGUCUAAAACUUUAUAAGCCCCAUCAUGGAUUUAUAAUAUUUCUACUUGUUCAUUUUAGAGAAACAAUAUUUGAUUUUGUUAAAAAUUUCUUUUAUAAAUUUAGUUUUUGAAAAAAAAAAUGUUUACCCCACUCCAACUAUGACCCACAUCAUCUAGGGUACCUAUAAGUAUAUCAAACACGUAUUUUUUUGUAUUUUAAAUAUUAAAUAAAAUUGGUUUUUUAAAUAGUUUAA